UCUUGUUUAUUUCGAUAAAAAAAAAACAUAUUUAUUGUCGGUUAUCCGCGAUCGUGGUGCUUUUUCUUAGAAGUUUUGACAGCUUUCAAAUUCAUUGAAAACGAUUCCUUUAAAAACCGUUGCGUGGGAGAAACAAUCACAGUAAAGUGUGACAUCAAGUGAAACCAUUUUAUAGCCCUUUUCAUUAUAAUAGAACAUAACAAACCAACCAAGCACCAUGUGAUAAAAACAACCACAACGAACACCAAAAACCCAACAAAAGUGCCAAAGUUAUAAGUAGAACAUAACUAAAUGCAAUACCAAGCCAACCAACAACAAUAAUAAUAAUACCAACAUAUUGUUAAUAAAAUAAUUAUAAACAAUACCAUCAUCAUGGAUAAUUCAACCACCAGCAGCAGCAGCACUAACAACAACAAUAGCAAUAACAAUUCACCAUCAGUUGUUGCUGGUUUGGGUCUUAAUUCCAACCAAAAACCAGCAAGUUUGGCUUUAAGCUUUCGUCAUACUUUACUCCACGACACUCAGCCAGACAGCUUGGAUGGCAAUGAACAAGACCAACUUAUUCGCACCCCAUCGUCUAGGACUAAAAAGUUUAUAAUAAUUCCAUCGACACCUCCAAUUUUAAAACAUCAACAGCAGCAGCCCCAAUUUCCUGCGCCAUCAAGUGAGCAGCUUCAUCAACAAAGCAGUGCCGGCUACAACGACAACGACAACGACGGCGACGAUUUGUCGGUUCCAACACCUAGCCUUAGCUGUAGUACCCAUCCCAAGCCUGCAACGACGACGACGAUGCAUCAAAGUGGAAUUUCGGGACCGUACACUGCCACCGCCACCGCUGCCGCCGCUGCAUCGAGCAAUGGAACGGCCAAUGGUAAUGCCUCGAAUACCAGCACUUGCACUUGCACCAGUCCGACAAUUGCUUCAAUCAAGUCGUCAUCAAGUCUCGGAGCUGAUCUGAGGCCAAAAACGGAUCGCAACAGCAGCAUGAGAUCGGUUGUGUCAGCUUAUUCCCCCGAUGCAGAUCAUCAAGACUCCCCCAAUCCAUUGUUGCGCCCUUCAACCAGUGGCAAACAGCUUAGUACAAGUUCCUAUACCUACGCUGACAGCGCUGCCAGUCAGAUUUAUUCUGACGUUACAUCAGUUCGAUCGUUAGCUUCGAUUGGCAUUGGCUCCACUGAUGGACGUAAAUUGGUGAUUCGAAGAGUUCCGAACACACCCAACGAAUUGUUUAGCAUAGUAAAUCCGCCAUCACCACCACCUCAAGGUGUAGACGAUGAUGAUGAUAGCUUUAUGGACUUUUCGGAUAAUUCGGCAUAUCUGAAGCCACGCCAGCAACACUGGGCGAAUAAGAUGCAGUUCGUUUUAGCCUGCAUCGGUUACUCUGUUGGCCUGGGCAAUGUCUGGAGAUUUCCCUACAUGUGCUACAGAAGUGGAGGAGGCGUUUUCUUAGUACCUUAUUGCAUUAUAUUAGUUGUGUGUAGCGUACCGUUGCUGUUUAUGGAACUAUCGGUGGGACAGUAUACCGGACGGGGUCCAAUUGGCGCACUGGGACAAGUUUGUCCGCUUUUUAAAGGAGCUGGUCUAGCAAGUGUGGUUGUGUCGUUUUUAAUGUCAACAUAUUAUAGCGUUGUAAUAGCUUAUUCAAUUUAUUACUUCUUUACAUCAUUUAAAGAACAUAGCCCAUGGACUGAUUGCAACAAUAGAUGGAACACACCAGAUUGUUGGGUACCACGACGAAGAGAUUUAAAUAUGACUGCCCCAGAUAUGUCUCGAACACCUUCCGAAGAAUUCUUUGAAAACAAAGUUCUUCAAAUAAGUCCUGGAAUUCAAUUUCCUGGCAUGAUGCGAUGGGAACUCUUUGCCUGCCUCAUCUGUGCCUGGCUUAUGGUCUACUUUGCUACAUGGAAAUCUAUCAAAUCAUCAGGAAAGGUCCGCUAUUUCACAGCCACCUUUCCGUUCUUUUUAAUCAUCGUCCUCAUGAUCCGAGCUUUGUCUUUGGAAGGUGCUGACGCAGGACUUCGAUACUUCUUCCGACCGAAUUGGUCAGAAUUGAAGAACGCUAAUGUCUGGAUAAAUGCUGCCUCUCAGAAUUUCAGUUCACUCGGAAUUGCCUUCGGUUCGAUGAUAUCAUUUGCCAGCUACAACAAAUACAAUAACAACAUUCUGAGAGACACUAUCGCUGUGGCUCUGGUAAACGUCGUGACCAGUUUUCUAGUGGGAAUAUUUGCCUUUGCGACGCUGGGAAAUUUAGCUCUGGAACAGAAUACAAAUGUUCGUGAUGUCAUUGGCGAUGGUCCUGGAUUGAUAUUUGUUGUUUAUCCACAAGCAAUGGCCAAAAUGCCCUAUGCCCAGAUUUGGGGUAUAAUGUUUUUCUUUAUGCUCCUCUGUCUCGGAUUGAAUACUCAAUUUGCAAUUGUCGAAGUUGUUGUGACAUCCAUUCAGGAUGGCUUCCCCAAUUGGAUCAAACGGAAUUUGGGCUAUCACGAAGUUUUGGUAUUUUUCGUUUGUUUAAUUUCAUUUCUAUUUGGACUGCCGAAUAUAUUUCGAGGAGGAAUAUAUUUCUUCCAAUUGAUGGAUCAUUAUGCUGCCUCGAUAUCGAUUACAUUUUUAGCUUUUUGUCAAAUGAUUGCUCUCGCAUGGUUUUAUGGAACUGAAAAACUAUCGCAGGAUAUCAAACAAAUGACUGGACAGAUGCCAUCAUGUUAUUUGAAGUCAUGUUGGUUCUUUUUUGGACCAUUGCUGCUUUUUUCGAUUUGGAUUUUAAGUCUGAUAAACUAUCAUGGGCCGACUUAUCACAACGGGAGAUAUGUAUACCCAGAAUGGGCAUAUGCCAUGGGAUGGAUCUUCGCCUCAAUGUCACUUAUUUGUAUUCCAGGAUAUGCACUUAUAAAUUACCUUAGGGCUCCAGGCGAGACAUUUUGGGAGAAAUUCCAAAGUUCCAUCAAGCCAAACAUUUAUGAAUGUAAAAUUUGUGGAGAGCAUCACUGUGAACAUGAUUACCCGGAGCAGGAACUUUAUAUGCUAACACAUGAUCUUCCAGUUUAUCAGCAACAAGAAAAAGUCUAUUUGAAAACACCUCCCGAGAAGAAUGCCCAUUUACAAAAUCCCCUGUUGAAAGCGAUGUCUGCAGCAGAAGAAAAAGCAUCAGAAGCAGAUGAGAAGAGAUAGAAUAGACAUUCCAAAAUAGUUGUGUUAAUUUUGUAAAUUUAUUGAUUUUAUUCCAAAUUAACAAAAAAAAGUGAGAUACAUUAUAAAAUAUAUACGUAAAUUUGUUUAAUAUUAACUUACAUAUUAUAAAUUAAAUAAACAUCAUUAUUAUCAAUUUUAAAAGAACAAAAGUAGCUAUUCUCAAGACAAAACAGUUGCAGGCAACUUACAGAAACAUAUAUAUUUUAAUGUAUGACCCUUGUUCAAGUAUUAGCAUUUAAAAAUAAGAAUUGUUAAUUUUAAAAUUAUUAUAGACAAACAAAUUAAUAACGAGAAUAUUCAAAAUAAAUAAAGUGAGUAUUGAUAAAAAAAAA